AUGGUCCUCUUGCGGAAGGAAUUCAUACAGGUGCGUGAUAAUCGUCAGAAUCAACCUAGGCAACAACCUGAUCAUAAUGAAACUGCAAGUGGGAGUGAAGCGCAACCCGAUGCAAAUGAACCUAAUAAAGAGGAUGUUGUGAAUGUUAAUCACAUUAGCCAGUCUGGAAAUGAAGACCAGGAGCUUGUGAAUGGUAAUGAGAAUCUUCGAAUAACUCAGGAAGUGCCUGAAUUUGUGCCGGACACCCCCAGUAGUGACAAGCUUACUGAUGAGGCGAUAGAGACAAUAGAUCAUGAUUUCAAUGUCAAUGAUGAUAAUCCAAAUAUACCCAAGGUGGUUCAUCAGGAUGUGCAAAUCUUAAAAUCCAAUCCGGCGGAUAUGGCGGAGGAACAGAGGAAUAAUCAGGAAGAAGAAUUAGCUCUAGACAACACGGAUGAUCAACCUUUCGAGAUUGUUCUCACUAAGUCGCAGAAAAAGACAAAGAAAAGGCAAGAGCAGCAAGCCAGGACGCGUGUUACCCUCACUAGGGCAGGAUCCCGAAAUCUUGCCAAAUGAAUUGCAUCUUUUGGAACAUAAGGGGAAUUGCCAACCCUUCGUCUAAAUUGGCAUUUAAAAGUGAUAUCAAUCCUACUGUCUUGCACACUUCAAAUCAACAUGUUUCAUUUAUGAUCAAAAUUUCUGAGCAAAACAUGGUUUUUAGUGCUAUUUAUGCUUCCACUGAUUAUCAAAAGAGAAGAGAUCUAUGGGCUGCUCUUAAUGCGGAGCAAUCAAAUAGUGAUCUUCCUCGUUGCUUUAUUGGA